CCUCUGACUUCUGUAUAGGGGUGCACAUGUGAGUGAGAGAGAAAGGUUUUCCUACCUUUUUUUUUUGAACCUAGUGAGUGAGGAGAGAGUGAGCGGCUUUAAACACAGGGGGAAACUACUCAUGCUCCAUGGUGCUUUCGUUAGAACAGGGCCAAAUUCUGAAACGGGAUGGACGUAAAUGAUAGACAGGUCAGCACUAAGAAAAGAAUUGGAAGUGCUCUAAGGUAGGAGUUAAGUGAAGAAUUUGGCCCUGCAGUCUCAGGUUGAGUUUGAAUUCAACGUUUCUAAACUCCUGAUUCAAGAACCACCACUCCUCACUCAAGAUCCAUAACUCUCCACAUCUUGAUUGUGUGACGCCAUUGUAACCUAUACAUCUUGUAACUCCAUUUCUUGUUUUUCCAUCACACAUAUUUCUUCCUUUGCGCUGUUCACGCAACUGUUGGACUCGAUUCUCUGCACAGUAUUCUAUCGCUUGCAUAGAACUUCCUUGUAGAAUUCGUUUUAUAGAUUUGAGCAUUCAAACCAGAGCAAGAUUGGCGACAUUUCUUUCAAUACUUCUUAUCAGAAGAGCGCAUAUUUUACUGGAUUCUAAGAAUAGAACCCAUACAUGAAUCACUGCAGAACUGCCCCCACCUCGUAACUUAAUCUUAUACAUCAACGCUAUUACCUUAUUAAUCAAGUGAUAUUCUACCUUGAAGUCAAGCUUCAAACACGCACAAGAACCUUUUUUUUCUACAGACAGCUUUGAAGUAAUGAAGCAAAUGUAACGCAGACAUAAAAAAAAGAAAGUUCUGGAAUUGUUCAAGUCUAUCGCUUACAUUGUUCAAAUAUUUUGUUCAUCAUUAACUUUGUUAUUUAGUUUCGUAUUCUAAUAUUAUACAAUAUUUUAUUUGAUUUUGUUUUUUUCGAAACCAAGGAUUAUCUGAGGAAGUUGAAACCCAAGUACUAAACGUUUCGAGCCACACAAAUUAGAGAGUAGCUGUGAGCCUCUAUACGAGAGGAAAAAGAGUGUUUUUUUUCUUCUUUUCCAGUAGUUUAUAGAGAGAUUAGAUAUGAAGGCCUGCCACGAAUGGGAUCCAAGACGUUGUGCUAUCGUGUGCAAAGGUGUGGAUUUUAACAUUCAUCUUUGUAUACAGUACUUACUUUCGAGUCUGUGCUUUGCACUAUCUUAGCAGCUAUCUGGGUGUAUCUUUUCAGAUACCCUGUUGAUUGAAGAUAGUGAAUCAGUAGACAAUGAAGACUAUUUGAAAUACUGAAAACAAAACAUAAAAAAAACAAAAAAACAUCCUCAGGAAGCUAAACUUACGUUUGUUUUGUUGAAACGCUUUCGAUCACAAUUCACUCGUAACUCAAAUAUGGGUAACAGAAUUGGGAGCCACAAACAGAAGGACGCGAAGACCAAAGAUGAUAAGAAGAAGGAGAAGGAAGCAAAGAAAGAGAAAGAGAGGCAGCUGAAAAAGGAAAAGAAAGGGAGGAGAAAGAAACAGCAGGUCUCGGGAUUGGACACGGACUUGGACGACUCGAGUCACGUGACCGGAGGGGAUUCCGAGUCCUGCGUGUUUCAUUCCGCGGAAAACAUUUCAGCCAGCCCCUACCUCGACGCCUCGACGCGCUCGGAGCUCGAGCAGGCGUCGUCUUGGUCCGGGAUGAACGAGAGCUUCACAUCUGCGUCCCAGCAUCCUCACGUUUUGUCGGCCAAAGACUUCAAAGACGGGUUUUCUCUGGAGGCGUGCAUUCCUCCGGAAAUAGCCCGCCGGGAACCGCUGUGCGACGACGGCACAUCGUCGACCGCAUCGCGGUUUGAAGGGCGGAGCGGGAGCAGCGUCAGGUCGAGGAAGAGCAGCAACAGUGUGAAGAGCAGCUCAGCCCAGCCCCACUCGCACCACGACACUCCCACGUCUUUCAGAUCCCACCACGCCACAGACGAUGUGGGGUCAGUCGGAACGUCCUCACAGAUAAGCGGCGAAUACCAUACGCCGCUGCUGUCCACGCCGGUGUUCGGGAGAGUGGAUGGACCCACCUCUACCACAUCGUUGACAUCUUCAUUUAAAAAAGUAUCGGAAACAAAUCCGAACGACUGCAUGGAUAUAAGCCCAACACCAUCAACAUUUCAUCAUCCUCAUUUUUACAAUCACCAGAAACUGAAAUUUCAAAAGCCUCCCCAGAAAGAUGUUGGAGGUCCGCCCAGCUUGCAAAAACCCACCUCCCCAUACCCCCAGAGACGGGCAUUAUCUCCUAAAAUGACCUCGUCUCCAAUCAAGUUAAUUUCCUCUGAUGAUUCAUCCUCCAGCCACACUACACCCACCCCUCAGAGACGAGCUAAUCUCCUAGACCUGUUUAGAACGGGAAAACCCAAAGAAAGUAAAUCAUCUGCAAAACAAGGGGAGGGAACUCUGGAUUUCAAGGGAGAUGAUAGCAGCUCUGGUAAUAACGUAAAUGAGACUAAAGCAAAGAAUAAACCGCUCUGGAAAACUUGGGAAAGGUCUAAGAAAAAGAAAGAUAAAUCGAGCAAAACUUCCAUUUUCGGAACAACAAGAAAGUCAGAGCGCAAAAAAUCGGAUAGAAAUUCUUUGCCGGAAAAUGAAAACGGAACAACAAAGAUAAACAAAGAUGACACAAAGGAAUCAUCUGAAACUAAACACUUACAGAAAACAAACACAUGGAACUUUAUUUUAAAGAAAAAAGACACACACAGAACUGAUAGUAGUAAAAGUUCGGAUUCAAAUUACGAUUUGCAAGAUAAACGUAGUGAAGAUUACAGUAUCAGAAGUAGCAGUUCUCCAAUAGCAAGAUCUGCUGCUUUUUGCAUUAUGAAACUUGAAGAACUGGAGAGAUCUAUUGAGGAAACAAUACGAGAAAAAUUUCCCGACGCUGAGCCUUUUUUACUAAAAAAGCGCUCAAAGGAAGAUGAAAUGCGAGGGUCAAGGUCUCUACCCUCGACGCCAUCGUUAAAGAAGAAGCUUUACGUGGCACGCGACGUCAACGAUUCUAAACGGAACAGCCAGAAAGAGAAAGAGAACAAUCACAACGACGCCAGCGAUAAAACUAGAUACUGCGAUGAAACGUUUGAGACGUGCCCUAGCCCGGCAAUGUCCCCGGUCAUCCUCAGGAGGUUCGGAGCCCGAACCAGGCACGCCAGCAUAUCUCCGAAGAUCCCUCGAGCUAAGACCGCGGUACUCUAUAACUCUCCCAGUGACAUCUCAACCAUGGAAAAGUCGGUCUCCACCAAGACCGUCACCAAAGUCCCAGUGUAUAACGCCAUGUCGAGCUUCCCGCAUCUGGCCGCCGCUCAGUCGGUGCAGUUUAUGAAGCCGCUUACAGCAGCAGUGAAGUCAGAAUCAAAGUACGAUAAUGUGGUAGAUGAAACGGACGCUCUUGUCCCGUUAUUUCCAGCCACGGCAAAGUCGUCACAAGGGGAACAAUCCGACAGUGACGAAGACAUUGAAUACAACAAUUUAUCAGUAAAUAGCGACAAGCCAGUGAUCGUACCAACAUUUUCCGCCGUCUUCGGAUCUGUGUCUCCUAAACUUAAAAGGCAUCUGGAAUCGAAAUUCAAUGAAAUAAAUACCCCUAAAAGUAAUCAAACAGGACCUGCACCACUAGUAGAAAGACGAAACGACAAAAUAAUAGAAAUUGAAAAAAUCAAACAAAAUAAUAGUGUAAGUUCUUUGAAGGGCAAUAACUCAAGAAAUAUUGUUAUUAAGGGGGAGAAUCAUUUUACAAGUGAAGAAAAAGCGUUUGAAACAGCCCAUCAAAAGACUACAAAAUCUUCAGAGACUUUAACUAGUGUGAGUGUCAUUCCAGAGGUGACAUCCGUUUCUGUUACCAUCGCAUCCCCUACCAACAGGUCUGUCUCCGUCAGGCAACGGGUGACCACCAUAAACACGUCUUCGUCCAAUGACGCCAACCAACUUCCAGGCAGCAAUAACGCGGGGACAAGCGAUGGCACCCACCUGCACAAGGCGACGGCCGCGCAGAACCAGGAGCUCCCGCCUGAUCCAGGUGAAGCUGAGCAGCACAAGACGCGAGAGCGAGCUCAUGGCCGCCCCUGUGUACCGCAGCAAGCUAGCCGUGUCGACACGACUGCAGGCGAUACCGAGAAAUUCGCCGUCCGAAGCUCUCCCGGCGCUCAACGUAAGCAUUCCAGCGAUCACGUGGUGUUCGGUUCCGCCGUUGCCCUCCCCUGCCGCUUGUACUCGAACACACCUCUUUCCCCCACCUCGGAAUGCCUGGAGGACACGGGUAACGUGAAUAUAUCAAACUCGGAGGUCUCGCGUGAAAAUAUCGCAGGUCAAAGUCAAAAUGUCAGGCAUGUAACGAAACAGAACAGUUCAUUGUGUAAGAAAGAUAACUCUGAACAGGCGAGAUUGUAUUGCUCUACGCCUAAAGAACAGACAACUACAAUCAGUAGUUUUUCAGCAAGAACAAUCAAACCUAUUGUUAUUUCUGUGCCGAUUUCUAAUGUCGAUGUUGUGGAGGAUAUUUCUACACCACAGGAUAUAAGAGAUGUGAGUAAUCAGUCUAACGAAAGAAAUAAUCAGCAAAUAUUGUUUGUUACUGAGAAAAGAGCUACUUACGCUACAUCUACGCACGCUAAGAAAGAUGUCUCUUUAAAUGAACCAAACGCUCUGCCAACUAAGAUUAACAGGAAACCAGACAUUUUAAACAUCGUUGAGAAUAUAACAGAGGAACAGAAUGAAUAUCGACCUAAUUUAAGGAAAGACGAACAGAAGUUUGCAGUUUUGAGGAACCCUGUCUCAAAGGUGAUUUCAGAGAUGAUCAACAGCAGUAAACAAGAGGAGCAGAAAGAGAAGCAAAGGCUGGAGCAAGAACAGACGCGGCAGUUGCACCAAUCCAGCCCUGGUUACGGUGUGAAGCAUGUCCAGGAAGCCAUCGCUGUGGUCACAUCUCCAACGUACGCACCGCCCAGCCUCACGCUCGAAGAGAAAACUGUCAGAAGCGAUAGUUCCGUCUCUCUUCCCUCGUCACCGAUAAAUAAUAGAAUCGAGAGAGAUUUCAGCAUGAGCGAUCAAGAAGUAAAAGAAUCGAAGAGUCAAGAGAUUCAGACAGACUCAAUAACCACUGCCGAUAAAGGCGUGGAUAGCAACAGUCUACCAGGGAGUGUGGAGACGUACAGAGCAGUGAAACAUAGCCGAAGUAUUCCGAUGGUUAGAGAUAUCCCAUCAAGCAGAGUAAACCCAAAGUCGGACUUCUCGUCAGAAAAUAAUGAUCUCAGUUCUUCAGAUGAAAAUGAUUUUCUGCAGAAUGUCUUGGCUUCUAAGAAGUAUGGCUCACAGCGCAAAGUGGAGCCAGCAGUUAAUGAAACUGAGCAAGCUCCGCCUCCUCCGAGCCCGACGGCUAUGCAACAGCUGAUUGAGGAAUUUGAAGAAGAGGAAGAAGAUGUUGACGCCCAGGAAAGGAAAGAAAUUGAGCUUGCGAUGAGAAGAGAGUCGGAAAUCAAAGAAUUUACCGACAAAAUCUACAAUCGACUCUCCAGCUUGCUAGGGAGCCAAGAAGAGAUGGAUGAUAAUGUCUUUGAAGAAGAUGACGACAGCGUAAAACCGAGAGGAGUGGAUGAGCUGUUUUCUAGGCUGGAGAAGAAACGUGAGAGUCCGUACAGUUCUUCGUCUAGCGAAGAGGACAUGGCUCUGUAUAAAAGCAGUUCUUCUAAAAUACCAUCUUCUGAGGUAGGACAAAACAAAAUGUUCGCCGCCCUUGAGUCAUCGUCGUCUCUCACUACGACCACAUCAUCCGACUCGGACCCGUACGAAGAGCCAGCUGUAUUUCAGCCUUCAAAGUCGGAUGAAAACAGCAAACUCGACGCCGCCUCUGAAUCAGAAGAAGACGCCAGAGGAGAGAACGAGCCCAAUGUGUUCGUGUUUCCGGAAAUUGAGACUGCUCAAGUAAACGAAUGUAACGAAGAUUCACGUCUGCGGCGCAACUCUCGCGAGUAUCACAGUGACGACGAUGUGGCUACUGGAAGGGGAAUUCCUGAUUACUAUGACGACCGGCCUUUGUGGACCCGGAGACAAAAAACUCCUGGUCAACUUUCAGCCGCUAUGAUGGCCAUCAGACGUCGCGAGAGACGAGAGCGGUGGCUGAAGAAAAGAAGACGAAACAAAACUGACCUGCUCAGCACCGGAAGUAGCGACACGGGCUCCGAAUACGCGCGUGAGGAUGAGCGUGAAAUCAAAGAUGGCGAUUACUUCCGAUACGAUGAUGACGACGAGUUUGCCGAGAACGAGAAGAUGAUACAGCGUCAGGAAAUGGGGUCAGGCAUAUUGACUUCCCCAAAAUACACCAAGCCUAUUCUUCCCUUUGGCAGCAACGCGUCGAGCCCAAGAACCGAGCAGGAGAGAACGGCUUCAAAGAUCGCCGCAGAGCGAUCCUACUACCGCGUAGAAAAAAACAAGUCCUUAUCGGAUGAGGACAUCCAUGUCAGGGACACCUUCGUGAAAAGUAAGGUAAAGAGAGGUGAUAAUUUAAGCGAUGAAGACGAUAAAAAUAGAAGUCUUGAUAAGCUAAACAUUGCGACUAAUCCUGAACGGUUUAGCUCGGACUCCAACUUGGCUAUUCCCGGAAUUGAAGAGACUUUCAAUGAGCUUAUGUCAGUGAAGCAUAUCCUAGAAGGAAUACAAAACAGAACUCCAGCAAACGAGAUCGCCUCUAGUGUUAAAUGUUUGCCUCUCACCACAGAAAACGUUAAAUCCAUUCGUGACUAUUAUAGAGACUGCUAUUCUUCCGGAAACGGGCGAAGGUCACGUAUGUCCGCCACGGAUCGCACAGAGUCCGACCUUGACAUUUAUUCUGAGAACCGAGACGAUGAAAGCACGGACAGCAAUUUCAAUGCUGACGAUGAGGAAGACGAGGACAACCAGGAACCCUACGCCACUGCUGACGAUGACCCUGCGGCCACGGGAGGCAGUGGAAGCACCGGACAGAGCGGAAGCCACAGAGAUAGCCGCUACAGACCCGGUGAGGAUGACGACUCGGAGACGAACGUGGUAGUCAGCUGCACCUUUUACAACUCAAACGCCUUUCCUACUCCCACCGCAGAAGCUCUUGACGCCUUUCAGGCCUCCCCGACUCCGGUGGCCCGAAACAGCGUCAAGUCGACUCCUAAGACACUCACCCCGACCGCGCAAGACUCAAUGCUCAACAGUGACGAAGAGUUCUGGGCCGGUAGCGCGGCAGUUGAAGAAAGUUACAAGCAGGUGGUCACUGCAGCAGACGCGGUCAGCUCUACAUUCCAAAACGCGCGUGAACAAAUGCACGAAAUCCAGCACCACCUCCAGGCGCUCAGAAGGCAAAUGGAGGUUUUGCAGGAUGACCUUUCAACCACAUCAUUGACUCUAAACCCGGAUAGGACUUUAGACGCUUCAAAAAAGUAAAACGUAGACUCAUUGAUUUCUAGUGUUUACAUGUUUCUUACUAAAUGCUGGAGUUACUGUUCUUUCAAAUUCUCAGUUUUGAAAUGAAGACUGUGUAUAUGCGAAAAGUUCUUUAAACUAUUUGGUGAAAUAUUUAAUAGCUUCAAAAACAAAAGAAAUGUACUAUUUGGUGAAAUAUUUAAUAGCUCCAAAAGCAAAACAAAAAUGUGGGAAAUUACAUACACUACAAGUAGGUCUACACAAAUACAAGUAAAUAGCAAUAGCUAUUUCUCUUUGCUAUUUUUACAUAAGUAUUCUCAGCUUUAGUGUAAUACUUCCACUAGUGCCAAUUUAUACUUAACUGCUACAUAACUAACACAAAACUAGGAGCUAAAAGUCAACUCACUAACAAUAUUUAUUACUUGUAACUGUCUCCCGUAACAUAUCAAGCAAAAUAGCUUGAUUGCAGAAAAGAGAAUCUAUGUCAGUUGCCAAUGCCUUUAGCUCAUGAACUCAGAUCGCUGUCUAGUUACAAAUUCAGAACUUGUACAAAUAUGUUUCAUUGAGUCCUCCACUUGUAACGUCUCUACUUGGACAUAACAUUUAACAAAUGUAGCAAAGAGGACAGCAGUAAUCUAUGCUUCGAGUUCUCAUUCAUAAUGAAGGCAUUUCAUAGUUGACGCCACAAAUCACUUAACUGUACCCAAAGUACCCGAAGGUUGAUAUUAAGCGGUAACACUUAAGCUUAGUACCACUUGAGAAUGAUAUCAUUUAUUUCAUAAUUCUUUUGUAUAUAUUAAGUUUGCUAUCAAGCGUCUCUAGUGUUCAAGAAAUCAGCAAGUGGAGUUAAACCCCUCACAAAAUGAUGUAAUGAAAUAAGAUCUCUGUUUGUACUUAAAUACAUAGACUACGUGUAUACGUAGACCCAUUUAUGACCUACAUGGGUUAUCCCAUUUCACGCUACAGAACCCUUCGUCGGUUGUAAAGCCUUCACCUCUCUUCGCCAGUCGAAUGUUCUAGCCACAGUAAUAUUAACUUGUCAAAGACAGAAUAUAAUGUAAACAAAAAGUCAUUAAAAUUAAGCUGAUAAUUAUUUGAAUUUAAAUCAUAGAUAGAGCACUUUAAACGAUUUGAUAAUCCCUGAUUGAAAUAGCAGGUGUUAAAAUGUGAUAAGGAAUAAAAAAAAAAGUAAAAAUAAAUCAGUUUUUAUUACCUGUGAGUGAAGCUAUUUUUUUUAUUUAUGUAUUUGACCUCAGUAAAUAGUCUUAAUGUUAAUGACUGUUUGUUGAUAAUUAUUCCAUUGAAGUCCACAAUUCUUGAACAUUUUUGCUUCAAUAAAAAACUACAAUCACAUUUCAUUUCCUAUUGUUUGUUUGAUAAACUAAAAAGUUUCAUGUAGUCAUAUUGCUUUAAAGUUAUACAGCUUAUACUGUGCCUUAUGAGCCACGACAAACUAUUGUGUUAGCUAAUCCUGUUUUUUAAAUUGAUCUAUUGAAAAUGACUCUGUGAACCGCUCAUAAAAUUGAGCAUAUAUACUUUUCUUUAGUGAAUAAUCUGCACUUUUAGAAGUUGAAUCUGUUCAUCACAUUAUCUUUGCAAUGUAUAUAAUUAGUGUUUUAUUUUUUUAAUUCAACUGUAUUUGAUUGUAUGCAAACAAAAAAUUAUGUUUUAGGUGGAUGCCUCACAUGACGUGACACGUGGAUGCGUCCGCGUGAGACAAACAUACAAAAGAGAAAUACAAUGUAUCUAUUACUUAUUA